AUGGAGUCAAAAAAUAUAUUCACACCUGAUGCCAACCGUAAUCAAAUCAAAAAGAAUAUUUGUAUGGUUUCUGACUUUUUCUAUCCAAACAUGGGUGGAGUGGAGAGCCACAUAUAUCAACUCUCCCAAUGUUUGAUAGAACGGGGUCACAAGGUCAUUAUAGUGACCCACUUCUACAAAGGCCGUGAAGGUGUCCGCUACUUGACCAAUGGUCUUAAGGUGUACUACAUUCCAUUCACACCAGUUUACAAUCAGUGUAUCCUGCCAUCAAUGUUUACAACACUGCCUUUGCUCAGAAACAUUUUCAUUCGAGAGGAAAUAGACAUUGUUCAUGGACAUUCUGCUUUUUCCACAUUGGCCCAUGAAGCAAUGUUUCAUGCUCGGACUAUGGGCCUGAGGUCCAUUUUCACUGACCAUUCUUUGUUUGGUUUUGCCGAUGCUAGUUCCAUUCUGACUAACAAGGUCCUUACAGUAUCUUUGGCAGACUGCAAUCAUACCAUUUGUGUGUCUCAUACAAGUAAAGAGAAUACAGUGCUAAGGUCGUCCAUUAAACCAGAAAUGGUUUCUGUCAUCCCAAAUGCUGUAGAUACCACCAUAUUUGUUCCAGAUCCAUCAAAGAGAAACCCUACAAAAAUCACUGUUGUUGUGGUUAGUCGACUUGUGUACAGAAAAGGUAUGGAUCUUUUAGCUGGUAUCAUUCCUUUGGUGUGCAGACGUUACCCUGAGGUAAACUUCUUGAUAGGUGGAGAUGGUCCCAAACGUAUUGUUCUUGAGGAAGUGAGAGAAUCGUAUCAUCUUCAUGACAGAGUGAAAAUGUUAGGGUCUUUGAAACACAGUGAAAUGAGAGACGUUUUGGUAAAGGGUGAUAUAUUACUGAACACUUCACUAACAGAAGCAUUUUGCAUAGCAAUGGUAGAAGCUGUUUCUUGUGGGUUACAAGUGGUGUCUACCAAGGUGGGAGGGAUCCCAGAAGUUUUACCUGAAGAUCUCAUCAUUUUAUGUGAACCAAGUGUUCAAGCAUUGUUUCAAGGCUUGGAAAAGGCACUUCAUUUUAGCAAAACUGGAGAAAUCUUAGAUGCAUUUGAAACUCACAAACGGAUCAAAAAGAUGUACAACUGGCGGAAAGUUGCAGAAAGGACAGAAAAAGUGUACAAUAAUGUCAUGGCUACUCCUCCUCGAGAUGUUAGCCAGAGACUAACAAAGUUCUAUCAAACUGGCUCUCUUGUUGGAAAAUUAUUGAUAAUUGUGGCCGUCAUAAAUAUUAUCUAUUUGGCAUUGCUUCAAUGGUUCUUACCUGAUGAAAAAAUUGAAAGAGUACCAGUUUUUGUGCAAAGGCAUCGCCAACAACCAACAAACAAGAAAACUCUUCCUUCCCAUGAAGUUCCUGUGCAGAUUCCAAAUUUCAACACUUGA